AUGGUUUUAUUUGAAAGAGAUGAUUCAAUCAAUAUUGGCCAGAUUAUACAAAAAAGCUCUGCGCCCGAAUUAGGUGAAGAUAUAAUUAAUGAUAACGGUUUAAAUGAAGUAAUUCCUAAUCAACAAAUAUGUUCUUUCUCUUGCUCGUCAACUGCAUUCGAUCUAAACUAUAACUCUCAAAAUAAGAAUUACAGCUUAAAAAGUGUAGAUAGACAAAAUAAAUCUAAUCAAAAACAAGGAAUUAAUUUUGAGAGCGCAAACAUGUAUAUAGGCGAAAAAAAACCAAGGCUUUCAUCAAGAAAAUGUAGGUAUAAAUAUUUAGGCCCGUGGAAAGAUGAUCAAAAAGAAGAAUUUGCAUCAGAAAGUGCUAAAAAUCAAUUUGUUGAGGAGAAUAGAAUUAAUACUCUGGAAAGUGCUGCGAAUGACGAGAUUCAGGGAUCGGAUACUGAUGAUUCAUCAAAAGAUGAAGAACAAUUUUUGAGCACGUUUCUUGGUAAGGAUCUCACUGAUUAUCAAAAUAGAUCUUGGAUUAUCUCUCCCAAUGAAAUUAAAGAAAGACUUCCCAAUGAACAAUGUUGUGCUCCAAAGAGGCUUAUUAAAGUGUUAAAGGCUCAUUCUAUGGGAGUUCAGGCUAUCAGGUUUAUUCCAAAAACUGGGCACUUAUUAUUGUCUGCAGGAUUAGACUCACAAAUAAAAAUUUGGAACUCUGAUAAUAAGUGCACCUAUAUCUAUCAUGGACACAAAAAUGCAGUAAGAGAUAUUCAAUUUUCAAGUGGGAAAAGAGACUGUAAAAGUUUCUAUAGCUGUGGAUAUGACAAGCAAAUAUUAUUCUGGGAUGCUGAAUAUGGAAAAAUUAGGUGGAAAAAUUCAAAUGGCAAGACACCCUACUGUGUUUCUGUCCAUCCAAAGAAUGAAUACAGCAUUAUUGUUGGUUUUAGUAACAAAAAAGCAAUUCAAUACGAUACGAGGGCAAAUGAAGUUGUACAGGAAUAUAAUGAACAUCAAGGAGCGGUCAAUACAGUUACUUUUUGUGAAGACGGCAAGAAGUUUGUUACAACUUCGGAUGAUAAAAAAAUGUUUGUUUGGGACUACGGUAUACCAAUUGUAGUAAAGCACAUUGCUGACCCAUUAAUGCAAUCGAUGCCGUAUGUUACAUUGCAUUCUGAUGGACAAUAUCUGGCUUGCCAAAGCAUGGAUAACAAAAUUUUAGUUUAUGAUACAUAUGCCAAUUAUAGAUGUACAAAAAAGCGCUUCACUGGGCUAAAGAACUCAGGGUAUGCAAUUCAAUGCGAUAUCAGCCCAGAUGGGCAAUAUCUAAUAUCCGGUGACAUUAACGGAAAGCUUCAUUUUUGGGAUUGGAAAACUACAAAAAAUUUCAGAAGUAUUAAUGCUCAUGAAGGGGUAAGCAUAGGUUGCCAGUGGCACCCUGCUUUCCCUUCACGCAUUGCUUCUUGCGGCUGGGAUGGAACUAUAAAAAUCUGGGAGUAA